CGAUAAACAACAUCUCAUAUCUCAUGGGAUUCUUCAACGACCCCUCUAUGAUAAAAUUGGAACUAUUCUCUUUUCAACAACGAAUUUCCUUCUGUUAUAAAACUCUCUUGAUUGCAGGUGUCCUUGAAAAUCACCUAUCAACCAAAUCAAUCUCUUUCGCACCUCUACUCUUCUAAUUCUACUGAUCAACUGGUCCAUAUAUUUUAUUUACUGCUCUACAACAACAUCAACCUGGAAAAUCAAACAAUCUCCCACCAAAAAUGGAUUUCGCUCCAUAUCAAGUCUCCCCGGAAGAAACUCGCGCUCUCUCUCCUCCUCCCCGCACUUCUACCUCGUCUCCUCGUCAGAGCAUCUCACCUAUCCGUAGAUCUUUUAGUCCCGGUGUUCGCAGUCCAGCUUUCAUGCAGAGUACAAGUAAUGCUGCCGCGAAGAAUGGAAAUUAUGCUCCGAAUGCCUAUGCGAAUCCAUGGGCGCAGAGGGAUAGAGAUGGUUAUUUUCCGGUUGUGAAUAAUGGGGAUGGGUAUCAGGAUGUGGAGAGUGGGAGGGCUGGGGGUGGUUAUCCUUCCGGGGGAAGUGGAGCUGGAAAUACUGGUGCGGGGUAUGGAGGGGGUAAUAGAGAGGGCUUACAUGAGUUUGAGACGAGUCUUCCGCUGAGAUUGGAUUAUGAGGCUUGUUUGGCUUAUUUACUUUUACCGCCAGCUGGGGCCGUACUACUUUUGGUGUUGGAGAGGAAGAGUGAUUAUGUGAGGUUAGUUGUGAGAGAGGGAGGUUGGAUGAAAAGUGACUGUACUUGGAGAUACAGUAUGAUCUGUUGGAUGAAAUAAUUCUGAUCAAUGGUGAUAGGUUUCACGCUUGGCAGUCUGCGUUACUGUUUACAGCCAUGUUUGUCUUACAUCUGAUGUUUUCAUGGAGUAAGCUCUCUCCUUACUGUUUGGGAUGUUUCAAGACCUUCGAAGAUCAAACCACGCACAAUAGCUCGGGGAUAUGGUACUGAUUUAUUUUUCUAGGUCUCUUUAUGUCAUGGUCCUUGCUCCUUGGAGAUAUUGUUUUAAUAGUGUGGCUCACUAGGAGAGCAUAUUUAGAUGGUAAGUUUGUAUCUUUCCUCCAUCUUCAUCUCCAUGUUCUUCUUAUUUUCAUGGGUGGACAAUAUACUUUCUAGUCGAACAUUACACAUCUAAUCCCAAAACCAGCGGAUACCCUAGACCGAUGCGAGGUUCCAAUCUUUGGCAAAGUAGCUAGUAGCAUACUAGACGACGACUGAAGGUGAAGGAUAUGAAGGACGAAGUUAUGAUACCAUUUUGUUUUUCUUUUGGCGAUUUUUGCUCCAUAUUCCCCAGUUAGUACGAGAUACCCUUGCCUUUGUCGUAAAAGUUUGUUGUCAGUGCCGGUUUCUGAGUUUGGAGAAGAUGGAUACAAAUAAGGAUGGAUGUAUAUCCUUACUUAAUAUCUAAUUCAUGAAUUUGAUGGUGCUUA